GAUCCCUCCGCGGGGUCACACACUUUUUAGACUGACACAGAAACGGAGUGAGACGCGGACUCGGAUCAAGCGACUCGCUUCAGACCGUCACCCGGAGGACCGUCGUCUCCACUGGGUGUGACAGAUGAACUCUGCCCGGUAAGCGGCUGAGCUCCGGGCGGCACCGAGUGUUUUCACGGACCUACUUCUCCUGCUGGCGCUGACAGGCGGUGCUUCGGUCGCUCCCAAACAUGGCCUCCAUGACGGAACGACCGCUUCAACUUUAAUUUUCUCCAGCUUUCACGAGAAAAGCAUCGUUUUCUGCCUCCGCCGCUCGGGAAUGCUCGCUCGGACCCUCUCGUGCCGGCGGAGCUGUGACGCGGGUGUGAUCCGGCGGAGAAGUUCGCUGCUGCUGUGAGCGCGUCGCUUGAAGUUGGAAAGCUGGAGAGGAAAAGGAGAAUCUCAUCAAACCAAAUGCCAUCUGAGGCUCAGUCUCAGGAGCCUCGUGACAGGGGCCCGCCCCCACCUGUCACUCGGGCCGGACGCAGUGCUCAGCUGGCCAAGGCCGCUGCCGCAAGCCUCCUAAGCGAGAGGAGGUCCCGUGGGCGACCUCGGAAAGAUGGGAGCAGCGGGCGAUCUGCUCCCAUGGCCCCUCCUGCUCCUCCGUCUCCUCCUCCACCUCCCAAAUCAAGGAAGAAGGGGCAGAGUCGAGGUCGAGCCCAGGUAGAGGACAAGAAGAGCCUGGACGCCACGGAGAAGAAAUCCGCCCACAAGACGGAGGUGACGGAGAAGACCACAGGAAGCCGUCGAUCAUCCUCCAGGAGGAAAUCGAACACAAACCCCGACCCUGAACCAAGCCAAGUAAGGUUUAGUCCAGAGUCUAAGCUGGACCCUGUUCCACUUGGUCCCACAAUUCCAGUCUCCAGCCCAGAACCAGCGCAAUGUACUGAUAAGGACAGAACCAGCCCUGGUCCUCCUGCCGAGGUCCCGACCUACAGUCCUGGACCAGAACCUCGACUCAGCCCCCUGCCCACCUCCCUGUCCCUGGACCACAGUCCGGUUCAGAGCCCCGCCUCAGCCCCCAGACCAGCUCCUGAUCCUGUGGAGGAGGAGGGCCGGCCCGGGCCAAGCCAUAGCCCCGCCCCCACAGAGGUGGACUGCAGUCCCUGCAGGGUUCCCAUGGAGACAGAAGGGGGUGCGGCAAGUCCUGGGGUUAUUUCCAUGGAGCAUAGUCCAGAUCCGAGUCUCUGCUCGAAUCUCCUAGUGUCCCCCUGUCCCCAGCUGGAGGACGAUGACUCGCUGUCCCUGCUGUUCCAACGCUCUCUGUCAGAGGACUCCACGGGUUCGCCCAGCCACAGCCUGGGACACAUCAAAAAACGUCUGAAGCAGUGUGCCUUCUGUUACCAUGAUGAAAAGCUUCCUCUGGGCCAGGGCCGCCUGGUGGUGUUCGGCCCGACGCCCGGCUACAUCCCCCGCCACAUCCUGAGCCGCAGGGCGCCCUCGGACCGAGAGAGCGACUGCCACGACCACUGCUAUCAAGGCAACCAGGCCCCACCCAUGUGCAGCAGUCCGGAGCAGUGUGAGUCUUCCUCAGAGUUUGUGGAGCAGCUUGGACCCAUCGGCCUCCCACAUGACAUCAACGUCCAAUCACUGUUCGACCCCACAGGUCAGUGCUGUGCUCACCUGCAGUGUGCAGCUUGGUCGGAGGGGGUGUGUCGAGGCGAGGGCCAAUCACUGCACUAUGUCGACAAAGCCAUCGACUCAGGAAGCACACAGGUGUGUGCGUUCUGCUGUCGGCUCGGGGCGACCCUGCGUUGCCAGGAAACUAGCUGUGGGCGGAGCUACCACUUCCCCUGUGCUGCUGCAGCCGGGGCUCAUCAGGACUGGAACCAGAGACACACACUGUGUACAAGACACAGACAAACAGGAUCCUCUCAGUGUGUGUUGUGUUCGGGUUCCGGUGACGUCAGCAGGCUGUUGAUGUGUUGCUGCUGUGGUAACUGUUACCAUGGCAGCUGCCUGGAUCCCCCUCUGGCCCCCUCCCCCCUGUGCCGGGCCGGCUGGCAGUGUCCUGAGUGUCGAGUGUGUCAGAGCUGCAGGUUGCAAGGCGAUGAUGGUGUGAUGCUGGUGUGUGAGCGCUGUGAUAAAACUUAUCACCGACACUGUCUCACACCACCUCUGGAUCACACUCCGAGCACGAGCUGGAGCUGCCAUAAUUGCAGAAGCUGCCGUCACUGCGGUGUGAGGUCAUCAGGCCAGUGGGCCAAUCACCCGUUUUUGUGCGAGUCUUGUGACCCAGCCCUGCCCUGCCCUCUCUGUGGCCUCACGCCUGACCUCUACACACCCGAGGAGUACCUCACCUGUGCUUGCUGCUAUAGGUGUGUCCAUACAGCGUGUAUUGUCCAGACUGGGGAGGGCAGGGCAGGGUCUGAAAGUUACAUCUGCUCCACCUGCAGGCAUCAGGAGGAGGAUAUAAUUCCAAACAGUCUAAUCCCACACAGUCCCACUCCAGCCCUUCCAAUCAGUUCCACACAGGCAUCACCUUUUAGCAUUUCUCAGCCAUCAAUCUGCAAUCAGGAUCCACCCAUGAGUCCUUCCACUCUUAGCCCAGUCCAGCUCGACUGCUUAGAACCAACACAGAGUCCUACCAAAUCCAUGUGCACACCAUUACUGCAAAGUCUUACACCAUCUCGUCCUGACCCAUCAGCACUGCAAAGUCCUUCACCUACUAAUCAACAUUCAUUAGAGCUCCAACACAGCCCUGAACUUACUCAACCGGAUCCUUCAAAAUUCCAAGAACGUCCUACACCUGCUCACCCUAAUCCAUCAGAGCUCCAAGAAAGUCCUGAACUUGAUCACCCUGAUCUAUCAGAGCUCCAAGAAAGUCCUGAACUUGAUCACCCUGAUCUAUCAGAGCUCCAAGAAAGUCCUGAACUUGAUCACCCUGAUACUUCAAAGCUCCAAGAAAGUUCUGAACUUGAUUACCCUGAUACUUCGAAGCUCCAAGAAAGUUCUGAACUUGAUCACCCUGAUCCAUCAGAGCUCCAAGAAAGUCCUGAACUUGAUCACCCUGAUCCAUCAGAGCUCCAAGAAAGUCCUGAAAUUGAUCACCCUGAUCCAUCAGAGCUCCAAGAAAGUCCUGAACUUGAUCACCCUGAUCCAUCAGAGCUCCAAGAAAGUCCUGAACUUGAUCACCCUGAUACUUCGGAACUCCAAGAAAGUCCUGAACUUGAUCACCCUGAUACUUCGGAACUCCAAGAAAGUCCUGAACUUGAUCACCCUGAUCCAUCAGAGCUCCAAGAAAGUCCUGCGCCUACUCACCCUGAUCCACCAGAUAUACAACAGAGUCCUGCUCCAUCUCUCCCUGAUCCAUUUAUUCUUCAAGAAAGUCUUUCCCCUACUCAUCCUGAUCCUUCAGAGCUCAACCAAAGUCCUACCCCUACCCACCUGGAUCCACUAGAUAUCCAACAGAGUCCUGCUCCAUCUCUCCUUUAUCCAUCAGAGCUCCAGGAAAGUCCUUCAUCUGCUCACCCUGACCCUUCAGAACUCCAAGAAUGUCCUGCACCUGCUCAACCUGAUCCUUCAGAGCUCCAAGAAAGUCCUGCACCUGCUCACCCUGAUCCUUCAGAGCUCCAAGAAAGUCUUGCACCUACUCAUCCUGAUCCUUCAGUGUUCAAACAAAGUCCUACCACUACCUAUCCGGAUCCACUAGAUAUCCAACAGAGUCCUGCUCCGUCUCUCCUUGAUCCAUCAGAGCUCCUAGAAAGUCCUUCACCUGUUCACCCUGAUCCUUCAGAACUCCAAGAAAGUCCUGCACCUGCUCACCUUGAUCCUUCAGAGCUCCAAGAAAGUCCUGCACCUGCUAACCCUGAAACAUUAGAGCUCCAAAAAAGUCCUGCAACUGUUAAUCGUGAUCCUUCAGAGCUUCAAGAAAGUCCUGCACCUGCUAACCCUGAUCCUUCAGAGCUCCAAGAAAGUCCUGCACCUACCAACCCUGAUACUUCAGAGCUCAAAGAAAGUUCUGUACCUGCUUACCCUGAUCCUUCAGAGCGCCAAGAAAGUCCUGCACCUGCUCACCCUGAUCCUUCAGAGCUCCAAGCAAGUCAUGCACCUGCUCACCCUGAUCCUUCAGAACUCCAAGAAAGUCCUGCACCUGUUAACCCUGAUCCUUCAGAGCUUCAAGAAAGUCCUGCACCUACUAACCCUGAUCCUUCAGAGCUCCAAGAAAGUCCUGCACCUGCUCACCCUGAUCCUUCAGAACUCCAAGAAAGUCCUGCACCUAUUAACCCUGAUCCUUCAGAGCUCCAAGAAAGUCCUGCACCUGCUCACCCUGAUCCUUCAGAACUCCAACAAAGUCCUGCACCUGCUCAUCCUGAUCCUUCAGAGCUCCAAGAAAGUCCUGCACCUGCUCACCCUGAUCCUUCAGAGCUCCAAGAAAGUCCUGCACCUGCUCAUCCUGAUCCUUCAAAGCUCCAAGAAAGUCCUGCACCUGUUCACCCUGAUCCUUCAGAGCUUCAAGAAAGUCCUGCACCUACUCAUCCAAGAAAUUCCCUAGAAAUUCCCACUUCUUCUCAUUCUAAUCAAACAGACCCCCAAGUAAUUGAACUGCUCUCUCACUCUGGGGCAAUAGAGCUUGAAACAAGGCUAUUGCCAUUUGGCCAUGAUACUGCAAAACCUCCACCUCAGUUGCAACCAGCAGAACUCCAAGAAAAACAAACCCCGUCUCCCUGUAGCACAUCAUUGCUUCAACAUAGCCCUAAACAUGCUUAUUGCGGUCCAACAGAACUUCAUAACGGAACUACGCAACCCCCCUGUGGUCCUGUUCAACUGCAACAAAGCCCUACCCAUAUGACUUCUACCGUGGCUCAGGAUAGUCCUCGACAGCAGAGUUGCACCUCCACUAGCCCUACCCAGAAUUCCACUGAGGAGCAGCUUACAGCCACAGAGUCUCACCAGAGUCCAACACAGGGUAGUCCCCUUCCUUGUGGCCUUACACACAGCCCACCACCAAACAGUCAGACCCAGGAAGGGCAUAGUUCUCCACAGUACAACCCUCCACUUCAGAUUCCCACACAGGACAUCACCAUACAGACACAUGAUAGAGCAUGUAGUCCUACAAACAUCAUCAAUCCACCUCAGCACAGUUCCCCUCAAAGAUGGCAUAGCUCUACGUCACAUAGUACUGCACAAAUUUGCACCUCAACUCCACAUAGUCCCAUACAUGAUGCUGAGUCUACACUGGACCAGGAAAGCCCAGGAUUAUGCAACUCUACUCACCUGCGAUGUGGGACUUCACGGGACAUGUCUACACUGAACCAGGACCCUUCAACAGUCUACUGUAGGUUGACCCAGACAGGUAUACAACAUGCAUCGUUGAGGUCCAUUUCAGCUCCUUGUAGCCCAUCACUGUCCCCACUUAGACCCACACAGUGUAGUCUGUCACAGCCUGCUAGCCCAGUUAAAGCACACUCUGUACUGCCUUUUAGUCCUUUUCCGCUUAACCUGCUUCCCUCUCGGCUUACUGCACAGUCAAGAAUCACUGAGGAAUCCAUUGAAACCAAUAACAAAGGAUUUAAGUCUUUGGACGAUAGUCCUACCCAGCUAAGUUCAAACGUUAAUAGCCUAAUACCUGAAAGAAGCUCAUAUGAACUGUCCACUGCUUUCCCUGAUGACCAACUUCCAAACCAGCUUAGCCCUGUUCCAAGUAGCAUGCAUAGCCCUGACCAGUCCAGCCCAAGCCAUGUCCCUGCACCAGAAAGCCUUGUUCACAUUAGCACUUCAGCGGAACACAGUAGCCUAACUUUCUCACCUUGUGCUAAUGAAACUGAGGAAGAUCCUCACCUAGCUAGCCACAUUCAUCAGAGGCCUUCUCAUGACAGACUCCCAGGCUGCGUGGAAGGUAGAGCUAGCUCCAUACAUAUCCAAGCUAGUACAAGCCCUACAAAUACCAAUGAAAUGCCUACUAGUCCUGCCAACUCUCUUCAGGCUUUUGCUUGCUCCAUGCAAACUGAAACAAGCCCUGCCCACGUAAGCCCUUUAGCUUCCGAGCGUAACCCCUCAGCCAUAUUGGCUGGACCCGUCCACCCCCCCUCUUGUCAGGAUGAAGAGAUUGAAGUAGCCAUCAACCAACCAACUCUACUUAUUCAGUCAGAAGCUGGUUAUCCUAACUCCUUGCCCAGCAGUCAAGCUCAAACAAAUGCUACUAAUGCUGACCCAGUCCACACAGACACUAACAGUAGCUACAGUCUGAUGGGCACCAUUGAUGCUUCAGAGAGAGCCAGGCUCACUGUGGGGAGUUGUUUGAAGCUCACACAAAACCAGAUGAGCCAAAGACCCACACAUCCUUUUCAGUUAAGUCCCUUACAUGUCCAAUCUAGCUGCAAUUCUUCACAGACUACUCCUGCUAGCGUUAGUCCUCCACACUGUUUGCUGACUGGUACUAGCCCAGCUACUGACUCUGUUAGCCAAAGUCUGAGUAACUUUACAUCAGACUGCAGUGGCCAGACAGGUCCUCACCUGGCUAGCAUAAUAGAUGUUGGCGUCAUCCACAGUCCACCUAGGUCUAGUCCUGCUGGUCAAGCUAGUCCUAUUCACACACAGAGCACCUCUAAUUGUGUCCACUCAGGUCCUCUCAAAAGACAGAGUCCCUCAUUAAUUGUUGCUUGUGUUAGCCCACCUCACAAGCGAGCACAGGCCAGUGAAACCUAUCAUAGCCCUGCAGGUAGCCCACAUUAUAGCCCAUCUCUCAACACUGGAACCACUUCUGGCCUUACGGCACAUCUGAGCCCCUCUAUUGUUGGCUCAAAUCCUGAUAUGGACACCUUGGCCAGUUCUAUAAUACAGAGCUCUGUUCUUCCGAGUGCAGCUCACCUUGAUUCUGUUCAUGUGUCUUCAGACAGAAUCAUCCAGAUGAGUCCAGAACCUUCCAGUUCCCUACUUGAUGAUUCACCUGCUGCUAGCUUCAACCAGGCUAGUCUGAGCCAGGUUGACCAGUUCCCAGUUAGUCAACACCCAGACCCUGACAGGUCAGCUCCUGAAAACCAACAAAAUACUGCCUUGGUAAGGCCCUUGUGUCAAGGAGCGCCCCCCUCUGUUAAUGUUAAUUCAAUUCAGGCUAGUGUCAGCCAUUCUAGUCCUGUCUCCUCUAGCCCCACUCAGGAUAACACUGUAAUGCCUAGAACUAGUCACACUAGUGAAACACCUGCUAGUCCCCCACUCCCUGUCCCCUCACAGUUCAGUCCUGCUCAGGCAUAUUCUACCCCCGUGCCACACACUCAAGACAACUCCCUGCACAGUAGCCUAGCUAAAAGUCCUGUUUGUGGUCCCAUGGAUCUAGGUUAUACACCAACCUCCCCAAGUCCUGGUCCUGUCAGCCCUGUGCAGCCAGAAAUUAGGUCCAGUCCUGUUCCCGAUGCCACAAUGAGGUGUGUGGCUAGCCCUGGUCCCACUCCGGUUAGCCCUAAUCUUGCUAGUCCUGUGCGGUGUGAAAAAAACCCUUGUCCUGGUCCUGUUAGCCCUGUUCAGUCGGAUGCUGGUCCUGGAAGCCGGGAAGAUUGGUCUGGUUCCAGCCCCCAGCAAGACACAGAAACAGAGAGUAAUGCUGCAGCUACUGAGGACAUCAGCGUGGUUGAGAAGCAGGAGGUGGAGAAAAAGACUGAAGAGGAGGAGAUAGAUAGUGAAGCUCCAGAGCAAGAGGAUGUGGACGAAGUGAAGGAAGAAGUGGGUGAAGUGAAGGAGGUGGAAGAGAUGGAGGAGGUGGAGGAAGUGGAGGAGGUGGUGUUUCAUCAGAUAAAGGAGAGACAAGAAGAGAAAGAGCCUGUUGAGACAUCACAGGAAGAAGAUGAUCUGGAGCAGUUUCCUCCCAACACUGCUGUGUCCUCCCCCUUACUCCCUCAGCCGGCUGCUUCCCACCCCAUUCCUCGUCUGCCACACUCUGUCUCACCCCUCCUUGCACAACCAUCUCCUUCUAGAGCUGGACCUCUUAGGGCCUCCCCUUCCAGCACUGCCUUACCCCCCUCCUGCUCCCCCCAUACUCCAUGUCCACCAUAUCUUCCUCUGGAGGACCUCCCCCAGAAAGGGCAGCAAACCAAUCAAAGAGGAGACGGGACUGGGACAGCAGCAGAGGCGGGGCUUAAGAACAAAAUAGUUUCCAGUCAAUCACAGAGCCAAGAACCUGUUGCUGCGGCAACAGAACCCACCAAAGAUGAGCACCAGUCACUUGCUGAGCCUUACCUGAAGGAGGAGGAGCUUACUGAGAGACCACAGCCUGCCCCAGACCGGACCGCUCCUGAGGGGUGUGCUGGGCAACAACCAAUGAGGGGGAGGCCGGUUGAGGAGGACGAGGAGGAGGACGAGGAAGAAGAAGUAGAAGAAGAGGAGGGAGAGAUAGAUAAGAUGGAUCAAGAGGAGAGGGAGGGCGCUAAGCUAGUGGACCAAUCAGAUGUGGAAGAGGAGGAACCAUUGAGCCCUGUCCUGGAGCUGGACUCCUCCUUUGACAAGGAGGUGAUGGAGCUGAUGACCUCAACGACUCCUCCCCCCUCCCUCCUACACCUCUCCUCCCCCAGCCCGCCUCCCCUCCCCCGUUGGGGAAAGGGUCGGACUCUCAGGUUUCCUCCCUCCUCCUCCAGACCUUUAGAUGACCUCUCCAUCCGUUUGAGACAGUCUCCCUUCUCUACUGAGGCCUCCCCCGAAACCUCCCCCACCAGAGCUCUCGUCACCCCACCUCCGCUCUCCCCGCCCUCACCUCAUCUCAGGUCCCCCCCCUCUGCCAGAGAGUCUCCACCUCUGUCCAAGGUUCCUCCAAUCACGGUGCUCCCCUUGACUCCUAAAAUCGGCAUGGGGAAACCGGCCAUCUCUAAGAGGAAGUUCUCCCCCGGCCGAGCAAGGGUCAAACAGGGUUCGUGGAGUAGUCGCAGAGGGGUGAGCCCCCCCUCAUCCUCCCAGGAUUCCACGGGGGAGGGAGGGUGGGACAGCCCUAAGGCCCAAACACCGGACUCCCCCCUCUGGAGCAUGAGAGUGGGGCGUGGCUCAGGGUUUCCCGGCAGGAGGCGGUCCAGAGGAGGAGGUCUCGGAGGAGGAAGAGGAGGCGGAAGAGGAAGGAGCAGACUGAAGACUCAGGACAGUCUGACUGUGUCACCAGGAUGUGGGAACGUGGAACCGUUCCAGCCUAAAGAGGAGGAGGAGAACUCGAUGCACAACACGGUGGUGAUGUUCUCUACCGCCGACCACUUCACCCUCAGACAGGACAUGUGUGUGGUGUGUGGUAGUUUUGGUCAGGGUGCUGAAGGCAGACUGUUGUCCUGCUCCCAGUGUGGACAGUGUUAUCAUCCCUACUGUGUCAACGUCAAGAUUACACGGGUGGUCCUGACCAAAGGGUGGCGCUGUCUGGAAUGUACGGUGUGUGAGGCCUGUGGUGAAGCCAGCGACCCUGCUCGACUGCUGCUUUGUGACGACUGUGACAUCAGCUAUCACACCUACUGUCUGGACCCGCCCCUCCUGACGGUACCUAAAGGAGCCUGGAAAUGCAAGUGGUGUGUGUGGUGUGUUCAGUGUGGCUCGGCCUCGCCUGGGCUGCACUGUGAUUGGCAGAGUAACUACAGUCGCUGUGGACCCUGUUCCAGUCUGAGCCGCUGUCCACUCUGUCAGAGACACUACACACAGGAGGACCUCAUACUGCAGUGUCAGCAAUGUGACAGGUGGGUCCAUGCUGUGUGUCAGGGUCUGACCACUGAUGAAGAGGUGGAGGUCGCUGCUGAUGAAGGUUUCGACUGUUCGCUGUGCAGGUCACAUGGUCGCAGCUCGUACGUCUCUGGGUGCUCAGACAGUUUCGAUUCUCCCUUCGUGGCUCAGAUUGUCUCCAGGGUGAGGGAACCAGAAACGAAGACCUACACUCAGGACGGAGUGUGUCUCACAGAGUCGGGUCUGUCUCACCUCCAGUCUCUGGUUGAACCUCUGAUGUCACCGCGCCGGUAUCGCAGGUGUAAACCCAAACUGAAGCUGAGGAUCAUCAAUCAGAACAGUGUCUCGGUCCUCCAGACCCCGCCGGACCCCGACCACCCUACUGAGCUUGAUCACAGAGGUGACUUGGAUUGUGAGAUGAAGUCUGACUCAAGCCCCGAGCGAGACCAUGUCCCCGAUGAUGACGUCACCAAGGAGCCGGAGGUUACUGACGGCAAGAGGAAGAGGAAACCGUACAGGCCUGGUAUCGGGGGGUUCAUGGUGCGUCAGCGUGGAGGGAAGGCCGGACCGAGCAGAAUCAAACUCUGCAGAAAAGAUUCAACCGACACCCGGUUGAGCCGAGACGAAGCCCUGCUGGGGGCGGAUGCUGUCAUGGAGAUGGCAUCGGCUGCUGACCAGGCAAUGGAGAAGGCGAAGAAGAGGUACAGGAAGAAGAAGACGAAGCUGGAGGAGGCAUUUCCCUCUUACCUCCAGGACGCGUUCUUUGGUCGGGAUCUUCUGGACCGGAGCCGGCAGGUGGACAGGAGGGCGGGGCCAGAGACCGCAGGAAGCCGGUUGGGAGCAGCAGUGGGCAAACUGAAAAGCCCCACCCCUGGUAUACAUGGCCCCUCCCCUACCACAGUUUUGGUCGGUGCCAUGGCAACCAACAAUAAACAAGGAAAACUGCUCUUCUCGGAGGAAGCUCUGGUGGAUCUGUCUGAUGUCCUCAGCACUGACCCUCACAUCCUGGCCACAGGACACACAGGUCAGUUCCAGGUAGAGCGCUCCCCCUCUCCGUUUGCUGGACUGGACAUCAGCUCCAUGGCCGAUGACUCGUCUUGGACCUGUGAGCCAACAGGAAGUGGUGGUCGAGGCCAGAGGUCAAUGCAAGAGGAGCCCCUGGAUGCUAUCUUGAGUCCUGAGCUGGACAAAAUGGUGACUGAUGGCGCCAUCCUCAGCAGACUCUUCAAAAUCCCAGAGCUGGAGGGGAAGGACGUGGAGGAGGUGUUCACUGCUGUUCUCAGUCCAAACAGCAGCAACAACCAACCACAGCAAAACCGACACACACACAGUGCUGCUGGGAGCAAGACACACACCCACCACCCAGCUGCUUCGUUCCCAUGUCUGCCGCUGAUCAAUGGCCUGAUGGGAGCUGCUCCUCACUUUCAAAACAAUCCCAUGACGUCCAGCGGUGCCCAGGCUCCAGGAGGCUUUAGGAUGCCCCCCACUGGAGGACCUGCACUGAGUGCAUCGACAGGCACCACCCCUGUGCUGACCUCAACCAAUCAGCAGCCAGCUGGAGAGAGCACGCAGGAUGUGAUGUCGACGGCUCAGAGGGGCAUGUUGAAGUGGGAGAAAGAAGAAACGCUGGGAGAGCUUGCUACUGUCGCCCCGGUCCUCUACUGUAAUACUAACUUCCCCCAGCUGAGGGAGCAGCAUCCUGACUGGUCCACCAGGGUGAAGCAGAUUGCGAAGCUGUGGAGAAAAGCCAGCUCUCAGGACAGAGCACCCUUUGUGCAAAAAGCUCGAGACAACCGAGCGGCUCAGCGUAUUAACAAAGUGCAACUGUCCAACGAGCCAAUGAAACGCAGCCUGCCCCCUCAGCUGCCUCCUCAGCCGCCGCCUCAGCCGCCGCCGCCACUGUCACCGCCGGUGCAGCUGGGACAGUAUGACCCCGCCUCCAUGGACAUGGAGGGGGACUUCAAGGACCCACUGAGGCCCAGAGAGUCGGAGCAGGAGCAGGAGUGGAAGCUCAGACAGGGAGAGGUUAAAGACAGAUGGGGAGCCGGUAAGAAGAGGCAGGAAAAUCUCCCCCAAAGCAAAGUCCUAAAAUCACCAACAGAUAAAGAUUGUCCUCACCAAGCACCUGUAGCAGGAGGUGACAAACCAGCUCUGCAAAUGCGUCAGAAGAGUAAACAGCUGGCGAAGAUCGAGGCGACUCAGAAGUUGGAGCAGGUGAAGAAUGAACAGCUGCAACAGCAGCGUCUGUUGGCAAGUCAGCGUCUGAUUGGUCAACUGUCCCCAGAGAGCGACAGCCGCAGCCCCAUGACCCCCACGCAGCAGCCGGCCUCCCCUGCACACCCUCACCCCAGGCUGCAGGGGGCAGGUGAGGGUUCAGGACUGGUCGACAACGUCUUCCUCAGACCGCAGGCUCCACCCCUCUCUGGCUUCUCCUCACUCCCUCACUCCCCUCACCCCUCCUCCCCUCUCCACCAGCCCCCAUCCUCCCCGCAGAUGUUCUCCCCGCCCUCCUCCCGCCCCUCCUCUCCAUGGGAUCCUUACAGUAAGGUAGUAGGGACGCCCCGCCCUUCCGCCUCCCAGCCUGGUGGUCUGCCGCCCCACCAGCAGCAGCGUCGUAACUCCCUUAGUGCCUCCCCGGCCCACGAUACCUUUGGUUCUCCUGCUCCAUCCCCCGACUCCAAAGCCUGCGACAACUCCAGGGCCCUCGGUCCUCCACCAGGUAACUGUUACCCUCCUUCUGGCUCCGCUCCUGACCAUGCAGUCAGACACGUCAGUGUCCGAACAGCUGAAACCUUCCAGAGGACUCCUCACAACAGCAGUAAACUCCGUGUAGCGGCUGAAUUGUACGGGCGGGUCGGUGAACUGGUGUUUAAAGCCCCCAUGCCUCCCCAGCAGGAGAUGUUUGGAAACAUGGGGGCAGGAGCAGGCGAAGGAGGAGCGGGAAGGAGACCCACAGACCUGGGCUUUGUCCUCCCCCAGAUGCAGGACCCUUCUUUCCCCUCCAGUCCACUCUCAGGGCUGGGCUCACCCCACCGCAGCCCCUACACCCAGACACCCGGAACCCCCAGACCCGACUACUGCCAGCAGAUCCCCGACCCCUUCACCCAGCACUCACCUUUGACCUCCAGACCCUCUCCUGACCCCUACACUAACCCUCUGGCCACCGGUACACCACGUCCACACUCUGAUCCCUCCUACCUCACCCCCCCUCCCACGCUGCAAAUGGACCAGUUCAACCAGCAGCCUGCUAACCGCCGUCCAUCCCCCUCCCAUCCAACCCUCGACGCUUACACCUCCCACCCAGGUACGCCCCGCCCCUCUGGCACUGAGCGUGUCCCUCAAUCACCAGGGAGUCAGCGGAGCAGCGACCCCUACGCCCAGCGACCCUCCACACCGACACCCCACCAGUCUCCAGGAAAACAACAGGACUCCUUUCCCAGAACCCCCAGCAGUCAGACCUCAAAGCAACCUGGGAUGUCAGAGGAUGGCUUCUCUGGUCAAACUCCAGGUCACGACCCCUUUGAGCAGGGUCACAUGACACCUGGCCUUUCACCGAUUGACAAGACAGCAGCCGAUGAAAUGGCAGUGCUGGGUUUGGCCUCUUUAGAUGGACCAAUGAGCAUGCUGCCGCAGCCUGGUGACUCAGAGGACAAGUUGAGACAGCGUCAGCGGCUGCGUCAGCUCAUCCUGAGGCAGCAGCAGCAGAAGAGUGCGCUACGUCAGGAGAAAGGUCUCCAGGAAGCAGCUUCAGGACCAGCUUCGUCCCUCGCUGCUCCACCUGCUCCUGGUUCAGGAAUACCCCGUCACUGGUCUCAGGACAACUCUGCCGCCCCUUCCGCUCUUCCAGCAGAAUUGUUUCCACGCCCCCCACCUCCCUACCCCGGGACAGUGAGGCCUGGAGGUCUUGCGGGGGCUCCAGCUCCGAGGUUCCCUGGAGGAUUCUCGGGGGAGCGGCAGAGAAGCUUCACGCCCAGCGAGGCUCCGUUCACCAGGUACAGCCUCCCCAGAGAGCUGGCUGAAAGAGGACCAGUCCUGAGGUUCACUGUUCCCCCAGGAGCUCAAGUUCUCCAGGACUCAUUUUUGGGACCUCCCCAGGGUUCGAUGCUUGGUUCUGGGCUCGGUGCAGUAGAGGGAGUCCCGGUCCAGAUGAGGAGGCCGAUGCCUGGAGACUUCACUGGCAUCCGACCCCUCCCCACUCCCAACACCCACCCACACAUGAUGCCAGGUGUCCCCCAGCCGUUCCUCCCACGUUCCCUCCCCAUCCAGCAGCACAGCAUCAGGGGCCAGCCCUACAUUGAGCUCCGACACAGGGCCCCUGAGAAUCGCCUGAGGCUGCCCUUCCCUCCGACCGAGGCCCCACUGCUGUACCCCAGAGCCCUCCAGCCCCCCACGCUCAGGCCCAGUCAGGGCGCUAGGAUGGUCACGACCCCUAUGGGCGCACAGAUGGUGAUGGUGGAGCAGCUGAACCAGCAGCACCUCAGCCACACGACAGCUCUGCCUCAAAGUGGCCCAGAGUCAACUCUCCCAGUGGCUGAUGGGAUUGAGGAGCACAUGGAGGGAGAGGAGUCUGCCGUGAAGGACCUGGAGGACGUGGAGGUGAAAGAUCUGGUUGACCUCAACCUGAACCUCGACCCUGAAGACGGUAAAGAGGACCUGGAUCUGGGUCCUAACGACCUGCAUCUCGAUGACUUCCUGCUGUCGGGUAAGUUCGACCUGAUCGCCUACGCUGACCCUGAGCUCAACCUGGAGGACAAGAAGGACAUGUUUAACGAGGAGCUGGACCUGGGGGAGACGGUGGAGGACAAGGACGGGGGAGAGAGAAGUGAUGUUGCAGGGGGGUACAGGAAGACAGAUAGCCACACCCACCUGAUGGGCCAGGUUAAACAGGAAGUGAAGGACUGCGUUAAGACAGAAGUUAGUGACGGUCCCUCGGCAGCUCUGCACCUGACAACACAUCAGCCAGGAGCUCCAGGGACCAGGGCGGCAGGCUCCAGCCAGGCAGGACCCUCUGCCCUUCUCGCCAAGGAGAAGGGGGAGGACUUGGGUGUGGUUCCAGCUCUUCAGGACCAUGAACUGGCUCCGAUGUCAGUCAUGGCUCCCAGAGUCCAAACCCCUGCAGGGCAAGCGUCAGUCUUCCAGCCGCAGCAGAGACCCUUCGACCCCUCGCCCCUCGUCCCCCCUCAACCCCAUUGCCUCCUCAACCCCCAGAACCAACUUCCACACCUGGGGACAUCCACUCAGAACCAGGUGCAGAGCCUAAACAAAGCCAGGCCCAUGCUCCUGGAGGAGCAGCCCCUCCUCCUGCAGGACCUCCUGGACCAGGAGCGUCAGGAGCAGCAGCAGCAGAAACAGAUGCAGGCACUGAUCCGACAGAGGUCCACCUCCGACUCUCUGUUCCCAAACAUGGAAGACUUCGACUCGGUCUCAGACCCCAUCAUGAAGGCUAAGAUGGUGGCUCUGAAGGGCAUCAACAAGGUGAUGACUCAGGGAAACAUAGGACUUAACCCGAUGGCCAUCAACAGGUUUCCACAGCCUCCAGCUCCAGGGGACCCGUGUCCAGAGGAGACACCACAGCCUCCACACCUUGCUGGACAGGACGAGCAGUUGAAUCCUCCUCUGGUUCGACCGACCCCGCCCAGCUCCAGCCCGGGCUUCGUCAACGAGUCUCAGCGGUGUCAGUACGAGGAGUGGUUGGGGGAGACGCAGCAGCUCUUGCAGAUGCAGCAGCGCCUCCUGGAGGAACAGGUCGCUGCCCACCGCAAGACCAAAAAAGCUCUGUCGGCCAAACAAAGAACAGCCAAGAAGGCGGGACGAGCUUUCUCCGAGGAGGACGCCGCCCAACUCCGCUACAUCACAGAGCAGCAGGGAGCGGUCCAGAAACAGCUGGAGCAGAUCAGGAAGCAGCAGAAGGAUCAUACAGAGCUGAUCGACGAGUACAGGACCAAACAGCAGGGGGCGUUGCAGCCGCCAGCCGCCCCCCCCAUGAUGCCCACAGGAGCACCACCCAUCCCUCAGACCCUGCACUCCCAGCCCAUGGUGCCCAUGCAGCCCCACCCAGGCGGACCCACACAAGCCUGCGUAACAAACAACUCUCCUGGUUGGACUCCAGGGGGCACCGGUCCAGGGGCAUUGGGGCAUAGAAUGCCACCUCAUCUGCCCCCUACCCUGCCUAAUACCCCCCAGGCCUCUCCACGCACCCAGACCCCGGUCAUGGUGGCUGGGCUCCCCGCUCCAACAGCAGCCUUCAAUACAGGGGGGCCCCGGGGCCCUUCUGGGGGUCCCAGUGGAGCAGCAGAGGACGAAGCCACCACCACGCCUCAGGUGAAGUUUGAUGACAACAACCCGUUCAGCGAAGGUUUCCAGGAGAGAGAGCGACGGGAGCGGCUGAGAGAGCAGCAGGAGAGGCAGAGAGUGCAGCUCAUGCAGGAGGUCGAGCGCCAUCGAGCACUUCAGCAGAGAAUGGAGCUGGAGCAGCAAGGCACCCUGGGAGCUUCCAUGGGUACCGGGGCUGGAGUUGCAGCCCGGGUCGGACAGACGCCCGGACCUGGAGGUCCUGCAGAACCAGCCCCUUCCCCGGGAGCUGAUAUUCUCUCACAGUUGCCUUUCUUCAGCUCUGAGCUGCCGCAGGAUUUCCUUCAGUCCUCCCCAGCCCCCAGCCCGCGGGGGGGGCCAUUCGCCCAUCAGCCAGGCCUCCACCAGGGCCUCGCAGGGCCCCCGCACCCAGGAUCUCACUCACUUCCUGCCAACCUGCAGACCAGACCCAGGCUCCCAGGACCAGUCGGGCCCUCAGCCCAGGGACAGGCACGACAAGCUGGGAUAGACCUUUCAGGACUAGCCCCCUCCAAACCCGGAGGUCCGGAUGCUCGACUUGGAUACGAGUCGUCCUUGCCGGCGUCCCCCGUCCCCAGCUCCUUCCCCUGCUCCUCCUCUGGAGGCCCCUCCCCCCUCACCCAGCUCUACUCCGACAUCAUCCCCAACGACAAACCAAAGAAAAAGAGGAGCAGGAAGCGAGACGGAGACAACAUCGUGGGGGGAGGGGGAAGUAGGACGCCCCUGUCCUCCCACUCUGAUGACAACACAGCUCCGCCCACUUCAGCGCUCUCUGACACUUCCUGUUGUACACCCACUCCGGGCACUGUGGACCAAUCGGUCGUGUCGUUCAGUGGUCUGGCUCCGUCCUCGGAGCUGGAGAGGCAGCUGUCGGUCAGCGCUGUGGCCCAGCAGAGCGCCUCGGACCCGGGCCUGGAGUGUCAGCGAGGGCCCCUGUCGGCUCCUCUGCAGGUCAAGGAAGAGCGGGAGGACGAUGGAGCCUGUGGGGCACGGGUGGUGAAGAUGGAGGAGGGAGAAGGCGAGGUAUUCUCCUCCCUGUCCCCCCUCCAUGGGGGAGGAGGAGACGGGGGCAAGGAGCUGCUCAGACAUCUACUGAAGGACAAGACGUCCCCUGCCAUCACGCUGUCAUACACCGUCCAGGCCCCGCCCUCCGCCUGCCGCCAGCUGUCCAAUGAGAGCGUCCGUUCUGAGGAGGAGGACAAGCCUGGUUCCUAUGGCAACGUGGUGAGGAGGGAAGAUGGGGAGCUGAUGGAUUCCUCCAACAGGAAGAAGGUUCAGCGCAGUAAGAGACUCACUCGCCCUGAGAAAGACAGAGCUGCUCCCAAAUACAAGAGGAGGAAGAGAGAGGAGGAGGAGAAGACGCUGAACUCCUCCUCCUCUGACCCGCUAAUGACACACCUCCGACAGCUGGCGGUGCUGCCCCUCAUGGAGCCGGUUCUGAGGGUUGAUCUGAGUCUGUUCCCCCCGUACGGCAGCUCGUCUCUGGGCAGAGACUCGAGGCUGAGCGGCUCCUUUGGGAAUGCCUGCCUGGACGGAGUAACCGACUAUUACUCCCAGCUCAUAUACAAGCAGAAUAACCUCAGUAACCCCCCCACACCUCCAGCCUCCUUGCCCCCCACCCCCCCGCCUGUCGCCAGGCAGAAGCUGUCGAACGGCUUCGCCACGACGGAGGAGCUGAGCAGGAAGGAGAUCAGUGAGCAGGAAGUGAAAAGUUCGUCAGAUCUGAAGCAGAAAGGGGCGGGGCUUUUGGUUGUAAACCACACCCACAAGACGGUGGAUGUCCCCGCCUCUUUACCGACUCCACCCCACAACAACCAGGAGGAGCUCAGGAUCCAGGACUCCUCGGCGCGCAGCACCCCCGACGGCUUCGUCCCAUCGUCGUCUCCGGAGAGCGUGUGGGACGGGGAGGUCAGCCGGUACCCCGACCUCUCCUUCAUCAAACUGGAGCCGCCAUCGCCCAGUCCGUCUCCCCCACUACCCAUAACCCCCUGCGCCUGGGGGGCAGUGAAACAGGAAGUGAAGGUGGAACCCCCCUCCUGCUCAAACACAGACUUGGUUACCAUAGCGAUAACUCUGAACCCAGUCGCAGCUCAGAAUGUAGCAGGCGUCAUGGCGGCCGUGGCGGCGCUGCUGCGGGUCCCCGGCCCCGUGGACUACCAGCUGAGCCGGGCCCCCGGCCCCGAGCACCGCCCUCUGCUGGCUGGAGUGAGAGUGCCGCUGCCACAGGUGUGGUUCGCCAGGAAACAGACAGCUGAGACCUCCUGCAGAAAACACUGGUCUGUAAAACACACACACACACUCACACACACAUGUUGGUUUCCAGCUGUCCUGAUGAUUGACAGCUGCCCAUAUCCUGUGUGUGUAUUUCCUGCAGGCGUUGAAAGCCAACAUGGCGGCUCUGCUGCUGUCGGGCCUCCACGCUGCAGCCACUGCAAAGUGCUGCUGGGAAACGGAGUCCGCAUCGUGAAGCAGCUGAAACAGGAGGGUCAGUCCAGACCAGGAUCCACUCUGCUGUUCUGCAGUCCCAACUGCUCUGCUCUCAACACAUCUGCCCCCCCAACACCUGGAAACAAGCCUGCGGUCCCCGUCCUCCUGUCCGGCUCCGAGCGCCCCCCCCCCUCCAGAGUGCAGCAUCAGUACAACAACAACAUGUCAUCCAUCGCUGUGCACUCCCUCCCCCGCACUCCCCCCCCUCCUGCCACCUCCUCCUGCUCCUCCUCCUCCUCCUCCCCAACGCUCUCCUUCCCGCCCGCCUCCACCGUCACCAUGGAGAGCAGGCCCCGUGUGGACAGCCUGAAGAUGAAGGUGAAGCUGAAGCCCCACCCCCGUGCCGUCCCAGGUGGAGAAGACUUGGCUCGACAGGGGAAGAGGAUGAAGAGUUCCCGCUGGAGACGCUGGAGUGUUCGCAUCACGUUCAGCCGGGGUCCGGGCAUUACUAAUGAGGCGGUGGCCGUGCCAACCGAGGAAGAGGUGGACAUGAUGUUGAAGAAGUUGGGGGCGUGUCUUCAACCUGACCCAUUACCCAAAGACCAGCGGAGGUGCUGCUUCUGUCACCAGCAGGGGGACGGACGGACAGACGGACCAGCGAGACUCCUCAACCUGGACCUGGAUCUGUGGGUCCACCUGAACUGUGCUCUGUGGUCCAGCGAGGUGUACGAGACUCAGGCCGGCGCUCUGAUCAAUGUGGAGCUGGCCCUGAGACGAGGUCUGACCCUGCGCUGCGCUCACUGUCAACAAACUGGAGCCACGAGCGGCUGCAACCGGCUGCGCUGCACCAACACCUACCACUUCACCUGCGCCCUGCAGGCCCACUGCACCUUCUUCAAGGAUAAGACCAUGUUGUGUCACCUUCACAAGCCCAGGACAGUUCCUCUCAGCGGGGACCGAUCUUCCAGCGGUUCCCCUUCCUCCACUCCAGGGCUGACCCCUGACCCCGCUGUGCUGGUGGUCUCCGACCCGUACGACUCGGAGCUGCGGUGCUUUGCCGUGUUCCGGCGUGUGUACGUGCAGCGGGACGAGGCGCGGCAGAUCGCUGCCGUGGUGCAGCGCGGCGAGCGGCAGCACACCUUCCGAGUCGGCAGCCUGCUGUUCUGCGCCGUGGGAAGACUCCUCCCUCAGCAGAUGAAGACCUUCCACGACCAGACGGCCAUCUUCCCUGUGGGUUACCAUGCCAACCGCAUCUACUGGAGCAUGCGCCACAGCAGCAGACGCUGUAAGUACAUGUGCUACAUCGAGGACGCCGACGGCCAGCCGCUGUUCAAAGUCAAGGUGGUGGAGAAAGGCCACGGUGACCUCAUCCUCACCGGGCCGACACCUAAAGCUGUGUGGGAUCAGAUCCUGGAUCCAGUGUCUCAGAUGAGAGCGUCCAGUGGAACCCUGAAGCUGUUUCCUGCUUAUCUGAAAGGAGAAGAUCUGUUCGGUUUAACCACGUCUGCAGUGAUCAGGAUCAUAGAGUCGUUACCAGGUGUGGAGGCCUGUGGACGUUACAACUUCCGUUACGGCAGGAACCCUCUCAUGGAGUGGCCCCUGGCCUUCAACCCCUCAGGCUCCGCCCGCUCUGAGCCCAAAGCCUCUCAGGCAAAGAGACUGUACCUGCUGACCAGCAUCGCUCCCAGGUGUCAGGGCUCAGUGGGCUCCAUCGUGGGGCUCGUUCCUGGCGUCAUCUCGCUGUCUCCAGGAGAAUCUGUGGCCAGCGCUCACCAGGGACGCCACUCCAAGUCGUCCCAGUACCGACGCAUGAAGGCCGAGUGGAAGAGCAACGUCUACCUGGCUCGCUCCCGCAUCCAGGGUCUCGGUCUGUACGCUGCCAGAGACAUUGAGAAAUUCACCAUGGUCAUUGAGUACAUCGGCACCAUCAUCAGGAGCGAGGUGGCCAAUCGUAAGGAGCGACUGUACGAGUCCCAGAACCGUGGUGUGUACAUGUUUCGGAUUGACAACGACUACGUGAUCGACGCCACCAUCACAGGAGGACCUGCCAGGUACAUCAACCACUCGUGUGGUCCGAACUGCAUCACAGAGGUGGUGACGGUGGAGAAGGAAAACAAGAUCAUCAUCAGCUCCUGUCGACGCAUCCAGAGAGGAGAAGAGUUGUCGUACGACUACAAGUUCGACCUGGAGGACGAUCAACACAAGAUCCCGUGUCACUGUGGAGCCGUCAACUGCAGCAAAUGGAUGAACUGAACACACACACACGUUCACACACACACGUGCACACACACACGUGCACACACACACGUGCACACACACACGUGCACACACACCCUGGCAGCUCUCAUCUUGGUGCUGAAACUGGAUGUUAAUGGCCCACCUCUGUAGGUGGAGCUUCACUUCAUAUCAGAAGACUUUCAUAAUAAAACUGAUCGAGUUUUGGUCAGAGAACUAAUGUUGGGGGGGGGGGUUUGCGGGGCUGUAUAAUCAGGGCAGCUAAGGGGGCGUGGCUAACGAAGGGGCUGGUCCUCUGUUUGUAUAUUUUGUAAAAACUGGUGUAAAAAUGUGAGUCACUGAAAUAAGAGAAUGUUUUGUCAAAGGGAAGUUUAUCAAUAAAGUUGCACUUAAAAAACACAAAACAAUAAAAAACAGAAACUUGA